AUGGAUCCCGUCUCAACACCCCGCAUCUCGGGCCAGCUCAUCGACUCCUAUGUCGGUCGUAACGUCAUGGUGGUGGGCAAGGUGCUCCAACUCCGCGGCGACACGGCUGUCAUUGAUUCUGAGGGACAGAUUACGGCCAAUCUGAACCGAGAAGCCCAUCUCGUCAGCGGCAACGGAGUCCAGAUUAUCGGCAAAGUCUUGCCGGACCUUUCCAUCAAGGUCAUGAACUCGAUUGACCUGGGGACUAAUGUUGAUUAUGCAGUGAGCCAAACCGUAGUGGAGCUCACGCACCAAUACAAAGACCUCUUCAUGUUCCCCGACGACACACGCAUGAAUUGA